CAUCAUCAAUUUGAAUUAUUAGCCGAGUUUCCUCCUCUCUCCCCUUACUCCUUUCCCUUUGGAGCUUCUCUCUGCUGCUGCCGGUCGUCGUUUGCUCUCGCCGGCUCCCACGUCCGUCCUCCUCCUUCGUUCUCACUCUUGGCGAUCUCCAGCUGGCAACUCAGCGCAUUCCGCUCCGAAGCCUCCAUCGUAUUGUACCCAAGCUGAACUGAAAGAGGCUCACGGACAUAAGCAUAUCUCCACUUGCUGGCCUUGAAAGCUGCUGCUGGUAGAAUUCCUGCUAGUUUAAGGUCCUUUGGAAGGACGACAUGAAUCCUCUUACCUUAGUGAAACGCAUCCAGAACAUAAAUUCUAAAGAAGCAUCGUUAGGAAUAUCAGAUGAAGCUUCCUGGCAUGCUAAGUACAAGGAUUCUGCUUAUGUAUUCGUUGGUGGCAUUCCUUACGAUCUCACAGAGGGUGACCUUCUCACCGUUUUUGCUCAAUAUGGAGAGAUUGUCGAUGUAAAUCUCGUCAGAGACAAAGGCACUGGUAAAUCCAAAGGUUUUGCUUUCAUUGCUUAUGAGGAUCAAAGGAGUACAAAUCUUGCUGUAGAUAAUUUGAAUGGAGCAACGGUUGCUGGUAGAAUCAUACGAGUUGACCACGUCACCAACUACAAGAAGAAGGAAGAAGAAGAUGAAGAGGCAGAGAGGAAAAAAAGGGAGGAACGAGGGGUUUGCCGCGCUUUUCAAAGAGGCGAAUGCACUCGAGGAGCUGGAUGCAAGUUUUCCCAUGAUGAGCAAAGAGCUGCUAACACCGGCUGGGGUGCUGAUGAUCAAAAAGGUCGGUGGGGCCAUGACAAGUUUGAUGGUCCGCCAAGAAGUGAGAGAAGACCUGAUAAUCGAGCCCAAACUCGUCUCCCUGAAUCUUCUGUGCACAAUUGGAGAUCACAUGAUACAGAUGUAGGACAUGCAUCAAAGAGCAAGGACAUGCGGAGUGGUGAGAGGGAUGAGUACCGGUCAAGAAGGCAUGUCGACGAGGAAUUGGAAACAAGAGAUGAUCAAAGGCAACAUAAGAGAUCGAGGAGAUCUGAUGGUGGUGACCAUUCUAGGUCAGCUUCAAAAGAUUAUGGGAGAAGGUAUGUUGAUGAACAUUCCAAAGGCAGCUCGAGAGAAAAUGAUGAUAGAAGGGAAGAGAAGAGAUCGAGAAGGGGCAAUGACGAUCUUGAGCCUAGAGACAAAAGAGAAGAGAAGCAAUCCCGAAGGCAUGAAUCCGAAUCUUAUCCAAGAAAAGAUGAAGAUAGAAGAGGUGAAAGUAGGUCAACUCGUGGGAGGGAUCUUUCCUCAACUCGUCACAGAGGAAGAGAUGAUCGCCACCGGGAAUCAGAUAGGUGAAUGAUGUCAUUAAAAUGAAGCCUUUUUAGUUUCUUUGUGGUGAGGUGGUCAUCUCAAUUAAUCACUCUUCUUGAGACGAAAAUCUCAGGAUGAAGUAUGCUGGAGAUGACAACUGCAGGAAUAUCUACUAUAAACUGUUGAACCCGGGUAACUGUUAGUUUUAAUUGUGACAUUGAGAGAUGUUCGAGGCACCUUUGCCGAGCUCCUCGGCAGGACUUGUGAUGUGAUAGCUCCCUCUAUAGAAUGAUUUCUUUAUGAGUGGUAAUGUUAUUUUAAUUCUAGAACAGAAAGGUUUUCAUGGAUCCAUUUGGAUAUUUUGCAGAUGUAUUGAUUGGUCUUGGCUCCCUUA